AUGAAAUUAAUCAAUGCCCUUGUCGGCCUCAUCGCCGCCGAAGGGGUAACUGCCCUCAAUCUCCAAUCCAACCUGCAAUCAGCCGUUCAAUCCAUACUCAAAGACAGCGAAACACAAUCGCGCAAACCAAAUAUCCUCUUCGUGAUUACCGAUGAUCAAGACCUCCAACUCGAUUCCAUAUCCUACACUCCUCUGAUCUCAAAACAUAUCCGUGACCAGGGUACCUUUUUCCGCAACCAUUUCGUUACAACAGCCCUAUGCUGUCCGUCGCGUGUGAGUCUAUGGACCGGUCGCCAGGCACACAACACAAAUGUAACCGAUGUCCAUCCACCCUACGGCGGAUAUCCCAAAUUUGUCGAGCGCGGCUUUAAUAAUGAUUUCCUCCCGCUUUGGCUGCAAGGGGCAGGAUAUGACACAUAUUACACCGGCAAAAUGUUCAACGCACAUACCGUGGACAACUACCACAGCCCACACAUCAAUGGAUUUAAUGGAUCGGAUUUCCUUCUCGAUCCUUAUACCUAUUCUUACCUCAAUUCGACUUACCAGCGAAAUCAUGAACCACCUGUCAGCUAUGAGGGUGAACAUACCAUCGACGUGAUCACGGGAAAAGCACUGGGUUUCCUCAAUGAUGCAUUGGCCGGGGAGAGGCCUUUUUUCCUGGCCGUGUCGCCCGUCGCGCCGCACUCCAAUGUCGAUCCGGGCAAUAUUGCUUCAGGCAAGAUCUACAUGUCCGCGCCCAUCCCCCUCGAACGACAUGAGCAUUUAUUCCAGGGUGUCACGGUGCCUCGCACGGCAAAUUUCAAUCCGGAUCAGCCAAGUGGAGUCAGCUGGGUUCACGAUCUCCCCCUGCAGAACCAAUCGGUGGUCGACUACAACGAUCACUUUUAUCGUUCGCGUCUCCGCGCCUUGCAGGGUGUGGAUGAAUUAGUUGAUGGGCUUGUUACUCGCCUGGAAGAGAGUGGCCAGAUGGAUAACACUUAUAUUAUCUAUACCUCGGAUAAUGGGUUUCAUAUUGGCCAACACAGACUGCCGCCCGGGAAGACUUGCGGGUUUGAGGAGGAUAUUCGUGUUCCCUUGUUCAUUCGUGGACCUGGCGUUGCCAAGGGAUAUGUGCAGGAUGCUGUCACUACUCAUGUGGACUUGGCGCCAACCCUGUUCCAUCUUGCGGGUAUUCCGGCCAGGGAUGACUUCGAUGGUACAGCGAUUCCUGUGACGCCCGAGUUUGGUGGUGAGAGACAUGAACAUGUUACAGUAGAAUACUGGGGCUCUGCUGUUGUGGAAGGUGCUUAUAGUGGCAUUGGCCCCGGAGGCUCGACCCUGAUCCCGAACAACACCUACAAAUCCGUGCGCUUACUCGGACAAGGCUACAAUUUGUACUACUCGGUCUGGUGCAACAACGAACAUGAACUGUACGAUCUAUCGACCGAUCCGCACCAGCUGAAUAAUCUAUACCCGACCACAUCCCAUGGGAAUAUCAAUGAGCCACGAAUUCUUGGUCGCAGCUUCACCCAGGCUAUCAAUCGACUCGAUGCUCUUUUGAUGGUCCUUAAGUCUUGCCAGGGUAUGAGUUGCGUCCAUCCCUGGGAUGUCCUUCAACCGGUAGAUCCAGUGAGUACUCUCAAAGAUGCUCUGCAUAAAAAGUAUGAUGGUUUCUAUGGCGCACAGCCUCAGGUCUCGUUUGACUGGUGUGAUGCGGGAUACAUCAUUGAGGCUGAGGGUCCCCAAGUACCGUUGACUAGUCGAUACGGCGUGUCUUGGGAUGUGUGGGUGUAA